AUGGAUUCGUAUCAGAGAGAAUCGACACGGAGACUGAGAAGAAACAGCAGAACUCUUCAGGACAUUAUUCACAAAGGGAUUCACGAGGCCGCCCGGGACACUCCUAUUCCUGCUAAAGCCGGAAGAGAUCCCAGAAUGAUCCACUCUGUCGCGAGUCUGAUCCGAGCAAAGAGCAAACUGCUUCUGUUGGAGAGUCCUGACACUGUGGAGAUCUACAAGCUGGACGAUCCUCCACUUCGCUCUCGGCCGCUCAAAGAUGGCGUUUACCUGCCGGCGAUCGCUGCGAAGGCGUCCAGUCUGACCUCUCUGCGGGGUUUAGGCUUAGGCCCGCUCAGUCAGUCCUGUCCGUAUCUGUACGACAAACGGCGAGGCUCCUUUUCCUCGGUCGCAUCUCAAAGGACGGGACAAACGAACGGGAAACAGAAUACUUUGAAAACUCGAAGAGAAGCCAAGAAAUCCAAUGUGACCGUGUCCAUGACCUACUUAGGACAAGGCCGGAGGAGGACGUCCACUGAAGUUGUUCAGGACGAGCUAAAAGUUCUGCAGCAGGUCAACGGAGGAGAGAACCUGUGUGUGUUCAAAGGCAUGGUGACUCCAGGAGAACAGUUUCAGUUUAUUUCCCAGAGACACAGAGGUUACCCCUUCAGCGCCACCUUCUACGUUAACGGGCUCAUGGUGGCGAGGAUCAGCUCGUGUUGUGAGUAUCGCUACACCCCGGGUUUCCAGCAGGGCAAGAAGAGCAGCUUCAGACUGGCCUGGCUCGCGGGCGGAGUCCCCUGUUAUAGAUGUACAAGCCUUCGAAACAAAUAUAGCUCCUGCCAGCAGCUGAGCAAUGGCACAAAAGAAAACUUCAUUCUCCCUCCAGAACAGGGCCUUGGCCACGGUACAAAGGCUGGAAAUGAGGGUCUCAUUUUUCCAGUGCUUCCAAAACCUCAUUCAUCAGCAGUUUCUGCUGAUGUUGAGUCCUGUCCAUCAUCUCCGCUCUUUUUACCUGCAAAACCAGAGAAAAAAGCAGCCAGACGAACCAGAAAACAACACAAAAACAACAACGAGAACGCAUCUACGGACAACGAUGAGCAAACGGCGACCGGAUCCAGUAAAGCGUCGGAGAAAAAGAGGCGUCGCAAAGCUCAGUCCCGCCGAAAACGCAGCAAAGACAAAGACGAUACUAAAACUGCGACGGAUAAAAGAGAAGAAAAGAGACGAGGAAGUGAAGAAGAAGUGUCGAACGAGGAAGAACGAACGAGCGUGGAGACGAAACAAAACAAAGAGCCAAAAGAGAAAACACCAAGUUUUAUCCAACCGACACACACUGCACAACCUGCACCGACGCAGCAAACGACGGAACACAGACCUCCAACGGAAACAGUGCAAACAGCGCCACCGCACAGGCCGAGCGCGCCACUGCAGCAGAAACAACAGACGCGGCGAAACACGACGAGAGGAACGCACGAUUCUCCGCAGGUCGAGAAAGCUCUGACUCAGCAGAAGGUGAACGAGCAGGAGGAACACGGAUCAAAUGAGAAAACCAGAGCUGCAGAAAGACAGAGAGACUUCUAUAAAGAAUGUGUGGAAAUGAGCGCGGCGCUGGAGCGGGGCCCGAGCAAACACAACUGGUUCAAGGCAAACAUCUUGGAGAGGUGCCGACUUCAGAAAAAGUUGUCGUCGGGUCCCAAAAGCCCCGGUUCAGACGUGGAGCUGAGUGCAGAGAGUGAAUCUGUGCAGCCCGAGGAAGAACCUGAGGAGGAGGAGGAGGAGGAAGAAGAAGAACCUGUCCCAGAACAAGACCUGGAGGCUCAGGUGGAGGCCAUGAUUACGGUGCUGAGGACGUGCGACGCCGUGGAGCAGCUGGUGCUCAGGAACACGGCCCUGACCGACGACCUUCUGCUGAGUCUGGCCGGAGCUCUGAAGAUCAGCCCCUCUUUGGUCACGCUGCUCAACCUCAACCUGAACCUCAUCGGGCCGUACGGCGCGCACAUCCUGCUGGAGGUCAUGAGGGUCAAGCCCCACAUCAAAGCUUUACAUUUGUUCGGGAACAGAUUUCGGGACCACGGGCUGCAGACUUUACUCACCGGUGUUGUGGAGCUACAGGAGCAAAGCGCUAUGGCCGCCGCCGCCGUCCAGCAGGCGUUACUCUUACCCCCAGAGCACGAGGCCUUCGUGCAGCAGGCCAUGGCCGCUCUGCCCUGCGACUACAGCUCUUUCAGGGUCUUUGCUCUGGUUGAACUGGACGUUGGAGGAAACGGUUUGGGCAGCGAAGGCGUUAAACUUUUAGCGUCUUACAUGAGGCAUCACUCGUAUUUGCGGUACUUGGGGCUGGCGCAGACGAGCGGAGCCGACCUCGCCGCGUGGAAGGAACUUUUCGAGAGCUUGAAAGAAAACAUGUUUCUGACUCAAAUCAUUUUAGACGAGAACAAUUUGGGAGACCCCGGGGUGAGACUGUUGGCCGAGGUGCUCGCCGUGAACGUGAACCUGCAGAAAGUGGAUCUGGACGGAAACGGCAUCAGCGACGUGGGAGGAAACGACAUCAUGGGGGCGCUACUGAGCAGAACGCAGCUCCCUCUGAGGCACCUGAGUCUCAACGAUAACAACAUCAGCGCGGGACUCGUGAGCCGCAUCCAGGAGCAAGUCGACGAAACGUGAGAGAAGUGUGGAAUGUCUCAGCGAACCGCCACGACCUCCGUCUGUAACCGAAUAAAGCCAGCUGUCAGAGGAAUCGUAAAAUCGUGUUUGUAUUUGAGGCGUGAGGGAAGAAAAACAUGAGUCAUUUCACCUGUGUGACCUGUUAAACUUACACACGCGGGUCCUGUGUUCGUAAAACUGG